AUGAUUGGACGAUCCUUGACUGUUGCUGUUCUUCUCGGCCUCAACCUUGUCUCCGCAGGCCCUAUCGUCAAGCGCUCCGUCUUGACUGACCUGGAGACUGUCUACAGUAAAGUUGCAGCCCUAGAUUCGGAUAUUACCAGCUGGAACGGCCAGCUCCUUACAGCCCUCCCCUUGCUCACGGAUGUCAACACACUCGAGACCGAUAUCAAGACUGCUACCACGGACACAAACAACUCAGCCGCCUUUGGUGACGCUGAUAGCGCGAGUACCGCAACCGAGAUGCAGUCUUUGUCGACCCUCAUUGUGACUACGCUCGGUGAUCUUGUUGCCAAGGAACCUAAAGCCGCGGCGAUUGGCCUCAAAGGCACGGUUGAGUCGUCUCUGAAGCAACUCAAGACCCUUUCUGACAGCCUCAUUUCCGCUCUGGAGUCCAAGGUUGAAUCGUCUUAUCUACCAACAGCAACUUCGGUUGCAGCAACCAUUGACUCUGCCUUUGCAACUGCCAUCGCUGCAUAUGCCUAG